UACUUCCCACCUCCCCAUCGCCUCCUAUUCCUGCUUCAUGGCUCACGUUGAGCUGAGAAGGACGAUGCUGGGCGCGCGGUGGCUGCUGCUCUGGGCGGCGUUCGUGUCGGUGCGAUCGGAGCCGCAGGUCCCGUGCUACUUCAUCUUCGGCGACUCGCUCGUCGACAACGGCAACAACAACAACAUCGCGUCGUUGGCCGUCGCCAAUUACCCGCCGUACGGCAUCGACUUCCCCAGCGGCCCGAGCGGGAGGUUCACCAAUGGCUUGACCACCGUGGACGUUAUUGCUCAACAGCUGGGUUUCGACGAUUUCGUCCCACCUUACGCAAGCACGAGAGGGCAAGCGCUUCUCGCCGGUGUAAACUUCGCCUCCGCGGCCGCCGGAAUAAGGGAGGAAACCGGCCAACAACUGGGUGGGAGGAUUCCUUUCGGGGGACAACUGCGGAACUAUCAAUCGGCGGUGCAGGAGAUGGUCAGCAUACUGGGAGAUGAGGACUCUGCAGCUAAUUACCUCAGCAAAUGCAUCUUCUCCGUCGGCUUGGGGAGCAACGAUUACCUCAACAACUACUUCAUGCCGGCGUUCUACUCGACCGGUCAACAGUACACCCCGGAACAGUACGCCGACGAGCUGAUCCAACAGUAUUCGCAGCAGCUCAGGACUCUGUACAACUACGGAGCGAGGAAGGUGGUGUUGAUAGGAGUGGGACAGGUGGGGUGCAGCCCGAACGAGUUGGCUCAACGGAGCCCCAACGGCGUCGCCUGCGUCGAGGAGAUCAACAGCGCGAUCAGAAUCUUUAACGCGAAGCUGAUCGAUCUGGUGGAUGAGUUCAACGCCUUGGACGGAGCGCACUUCAUUUACAUCAAUGGCUACGGCAUAUUCGAAGAUAUCUUGCGGAACCCGGCAGCCAACGGGUUGAGCGUGACGAACAGGGGAUGCUGCGGGGUGGGGAGGAACAAUGGCCAGAUUACAUGUCUGCCUUACCAAGCCCCGUGUCCGAACAGGGAUGAGUACCUCUUCUUCGACGCGUUCCAUCCAACCGAAGCUGCAAACAUCAUCAUUGGCAAAAGAUCUUACAGCGCGCGGUCUCCUGGUGACGCCUACCCCAUGGAUAUCCGUCGCCUUGCUCGAGUCUGAUGUCGCAUCGGCGUCAAGGAGCCGUCGGUGUUCCCCCUCCCCCCAACCCCAUCUGUACUGUAGCCUACUAAGUGCGUGGAACUAAUAUGUGUGGGUAUUAUUUGCCGUCUGUCUGUCGACUGAAAACCCCAAAUAAGGCUCAUAUUCCGUGCCUUUUGUUUUC